AUGGCAGUUGGUGAAAUCAAAUCUGUGCAUCAAAUCCUAAGGAAGCUAAGGUUAAAUUGUUGUUCGGCACCCAAGUAGUUUCUCUUGUUAAUUCUAAUUGUGAUCAUUGGCAAUUACAUUUACAGCUGUAGCAUGCAUAAUUUUUAUGGUAGUUUUGUGUCAUUCCAUGCCAUAUUACAGUUUUGUGUUAACUACCAGUGUUGUCUCCCCCUUCAGGGCCGAGUAAGGACUAAGACUGUGAAAAAGGCCGCAAGGGUUAUCAUUGAGAAAUAUUAUCCACGUCUGACUCUUGAUUUCCACACCAACAAGCGCGUUUGUGAUGACAUUGCGAUAAUUCCAAGCAAGAAGCUUAAGAACAAAAUUGCUGGGUAAGACUGUGUUUGCUAUAUUGUGGAGUCUGAGAUGCAUUCUACACUGCUGUGUGUUAUGUUUUGAACUUACCAGAAAAGUGUGCAUCAUUUCAUAGGACUCAAAUCAUAGUGUUCCAAUUGGUUGUGUAUAUAUAAUGAACAAUUUUUUCAUUCACAUUCCCAAUUUGUUGUGUAUGCUAUUGUAUUGACCAACACUGAGAAGAAACUCUCUGCCAUUUUCCCAAAAAAUUAUUUUGAUAUGUAUAGUAAAUUUGUUGUAAGAUUUAUGUAUUUGUUUUUGGGAAGGGGGGUCUUGUGGUUAUUGGAACUAAUAAAUUUAAUUCUCACCUUCAUAGCAAUAAUGUUGGUAUAGUGUAUCUGCUUUUUAAAUUGUAUCAUACACUCACUUUUGCACCUGCACCAGAAGUAAAAGUGACUGUUCUCUUUACUGGUGUGACUCUUUUGUCUGUUGUGGGACAGAUUUGUUACCCAUCUCAUGAAGCGUAUUCAGAAGGGUCCUGUUCGUGGUAUUUCUAUCAAACUGCAAGAGGAAGAACGUGAACGAAGGGACAAUUAUGUUCCUGAGGUGAGAGAAAUUUGAAACUAACAGUCUGCAUGUGGCUAAUGAUUAGACAUACUCUUUAGAAAAUUUAGAGGGUGGAGUUAUAGAAGGGACAUUUUUCAUGGUACAAGUUGAAAUCAGUAUCCAAAUUUUCUUCUCUCACUGCAUGUGUUCCCAUCUUAGAAAGGAGUUUAGUCUUAUUUUCCAGAGAACAUGUAUUUAUAUAUGUUACAUUUAAUUGAUAACAGGGGAAUAAAAGGCUUUUUCCUAAAUAGGGGUAUACUGGCAGGGUGAGCCAAUUCUUGCUAGAUAUGUUUGUUUGACUUGAAAAUCAUAUUCAUUCUUUUGAGUUAUAUUGAUGUUUUGUUUUGUGAUACUCAAGCUUUUUGCUUGGAAGGAAUCUUGAGGCUUACUCAGUGAUUUUUCACUUGUGUUAGGUGUCUGCUAUUGAGCAAGAUAUCAUUGAAGUUGACCCAGAUACCAAAGAAAUGUUAAAAGUAUUGGUAAGUUCAACUUUAACACUAAGACUGCGCAAACAGUUCCAUUAUUAUCAAUUUGUUGGGCAUUGUGGCACAUUUUGCAAGCUAAAAUGGAGAUUGUGGCUGGUAAGAAUGUAUUAGCCCACUCUUAUGUUCAUAAGAUUGUUCAGACUGUUUUUUUUUUUUCCUGUUCAUAUUCUCAUUGGUUUACGGACAACUCACCGACGGACCAACUCGCCGACACCAACUCGCCGACAUAUAAAAUUGAGUAGAGACGUCAGCGAGUUGGUCGUCAAUCCAAUACAACUUAUAGAAGCUAAACAUACAGAAAAUUAAACGAUAUUUAGUAAAAAAACAUUGGACAGAAAAUUUAGAACAAUGCGCUUCGUAAGCACGAAAAACUGAAUAAUCUCCUCCCACAAUUUUUUAGCAGGAGCUGAGAUUUUUUUCGCAUCGUCAUGUCCUGCUUGUUUCUUUUUUUUUUUUUUGCUCAACAGGUUACGUGUAUAUUCGUCAUUGACGCUGUCAGAUUCAUCUUCCAAAUUACUGGGCAAUCAAAUUUCGCGCUACAAAAGUUAUCUGUACCUGUUUUUUUUCUCCGAAAGAGAAUAUAAAACAAAAAAAAAAUUCGUAACUUCUCCAUUGUGAGACUUGUGAGUAAAAAUAUCACACCCUCAUCUUGCUGCGCGUUUGAUUGAAAACUAGAAAACAGCUGUGCGCCAGCGCCUGCUCUCUCCGAAAAUUUGGAGAAGCUGUUGAUAGCUCCUUACUUUUAACAAAGAUUGUUAGAAUCUGCUGUAAAACUCUGAUAGUUUUUAAUGGGAGAGACUUGCUUUUAAGCAAGACCUGCUUUUUUUUUUCAAAAGUAAAUAAAAAACCUUGCACCUUCUUCGUUGUGAGACUUGUGAGUGAAAAAAUAUCACACCCUCAUCUUGCCACGCAUUUGAUUGAAAACGAAAAUAACUCAAAUACAUGCUCUUGCAAAAACUAGAAAUCAUUGCUUUGAUCAGUGUAUCUUGUAUUAUCAACAUAGUUACACGAAUUCGGCGCCUUUGCAAAGAGGGAUCCUCGUGUUAGGUAAACAUGUUGGUUUUAAAAAAUGAGCGCCUCGUUUGAAAACAGCUGUGCGCCAGAAAACAAGGUCUUUAAUCGCCUCGAGGCUCUCCACAGAAAACCGUCACUUUCGAUUGCAUUUAACACGAGUAGUAAGACCAAAAAAUAUAUUUGUGCGUUGACUUUUUACCAAGCGUCUUGACUUAAAUAAAUAAGACCGAUUGACAUGAUGAGUCUUUACGGUGUUGUUGUCAGACAAUAACUCGUUCGCGUCUGAAGCUGUUAGAGUCGUUGGUGAGGUUUACUUCGCUUUAUUCGCCUUAAGAUCCUUAUAAACUUUGCAUAGAAAUUUCCCAAAAAGCUAAUCUCUUAUUUCUGAGAAUGAAUUGAAAAAACUGUAGAGGAAAAUGUAAUGGUGUGUUGUGAAGUUUAUUAGCACUUGUUUAUUUUCCAACGAUUUAAGCAUACAUGAGGAUUUUGAUUUACUGGAGAAAUAUUUUACCGUAUAUUGUAAAUCGCAUUGAAAUGAAUCUUCUUACAUUCAACAAACCUUUAUCUUAAUGUUGAGAUUGAAAGGAGAUCUAGUAGACCAAAUGAACACCAAAGAGCUUUGAAGGAUCACGUGUAACAAACAAGGUCGCACAAGACAACAGCAUUUGCUAGGUCACUAAGCAACUGAAAUCAUUCAAUGAAAACUAAAGUUCAGUGCUAUAAACAGCAGCGAAGCUGUAAGAGAAAAUUUCUGCUCUACAGAUCAAAAGACACAAUAGAAAUCAGCUCUGGUAGCUUUGUGUUUAAUUCACAUAAAAUUUUAUUUUUUCAAACUUUUUUGUUGACAAAGAAUGUGCUGAAAACAGACAAAACUCGAACACAAUUAGAACUGAUUUUGUAAACUCUGUUUACCUAAUGGACUUCAGGCAAUUGUAAUGCUAAUUUCAUGGAUUGCUUGGGUCAGGUCUUUGUGUAUGACUUUUGUACAAGUCAAUGGUGUUUUUUUGGGCUGAUUUCUUGGUUGUGAAAGGUCGACUUAUACACAAGUGAAUACGGUAACUUACAUUGUUUUAUUAACCAUCCUGCCGUUAAAUAAUUCUCUUCAUUGAUUAGGAUAAAGCAAGUAUUGAAUGCUAAGAUUUCUAUGCUUCAUUUUUCCAACUCAUCAAGCUCAGACUUUUUGUUGCCAUUCCCUGUAUGUUUGAUUUGUGUCUUACCUUUGUGGAGAAUUAAAGCAUUGAUCAUUCUUUGAAGUGUGAAGGAUUAGGUUUGACUCAAACUGCUUUAUUUUAGUUGUUGUGUUUCAAAAAUACUUCUGUUUUAUAAUUCAUAUGAGUGCUUGAUUGAUCUUGGUUAGUUCAUUCCUCUAUGUUUAGUUUAGGAAUUACUAGUUUUGCACUCCAUGUGGGCAAUGAUAGUAAUUUCUUUUAAUAGAAUAUACUCUUUUUCAUUGUAGGACUUUGGCAACAUUUCUAAUCUCCAAGUCACUCAGCCACUCAAUGCUACACAGAGUUUCCGUCCUGGUGGAGGCAGUGGUGGCAUGAGAUCCUAA